GCGAUGGCGUCUUCCAUUGCGGUGUGUAGGUUGAAUAUGAGGGGCAGACUCUCUAAAUGCUUUAAAAAAGUAGAUUCAUGUUUUCAAAGAAAGUUCGGAACUAAUACUACUGCUACGAAGACCGAUGCACCCAAUAAGAAAUAUAAAAUCGACUCAAAGGAUAGAAACAAAUCUUUUUACACAGUCCAAGAGGAGAAGAUAGAGCAGGCAGAGAGAUCUGUCCUUAUCAGCUGCCCGGCCAAAACCAACGAGAAAAAGUUCCUCAACUAUUUAUCCAGACAUGGAGAUAUCAACAAAUGUUUCUUUUAUGAAAGCUACGGUACAUAUGCUGUGGUGGAGUUUUCCAACAAGGAGAGCCUCACAUCACUCCACGAAGGGACGGCCAUCCCCAGUAUCAACCAUGAAGCUACAGUGCCUUUCAAGUCCAGACUGCUUUCGCUCAGGAAUGCUGGUCCUGUAGACAUGUCCAAUGGCCAGUCCGCCCCUCAGUGCCAACCACAGACCACCAUACACAUUAACGACCUCAUACAGAGACUGUCCAAAGAAGACAGUAUAGACCAACAAAUCUCCUCCCUUACAGAGACGUACCAGCUGACGGAAGAGAACGUCUGCCUGCGCUUCCUGGUCUGCUCCCUUCUAAAGGACAUAGCUGCUGCAUAUUUCCCAGAAUGCACCAUUCGGCCCUUUGGCUCCUCCGUGAACGGCUUCGGGAAGCUGGGCUGUGACCUAGACAUGUUUCUGGACCUGGACGGCAUCAGUGGAAGAAAUCUGAAAAGGCCAAAAGCAGGGCUCUCCUUGGAGUACCAGACAAAGAGGUCUGCGUCUGAGCGGGCGGGUACCCAGAGUAUCCUGUCUGUGAUCGGGGAGUGUGUAGACCAGUUUGGUCCUGGCUGUGUCGGGGUGCAGAAGAUCCUCCAGGCUCGCUGUCCCCUGGUCCGAUUCGCCCACCAACCAUCAGGGUUCCAGUGUGACCUCACAGCUAACAAUAGGGUGGCGAUGAAGAGCUCGGAGCUUCUGUACCUGUAUGGAGGGCUGGACCGGCGGGUGCGUUGCCUGGUGUUCAGUGUCCGGUGCUGGGCUCGGGCCCACAGUAUCACCAGCAGCAUAUCUGGAGCCUGGAUCUCAAACUUCUCUCUCACUGUCAUGGUCCUCUUCUUCCUCCAGAGGAGGACUAUUCCUAUACUACCCACCCUGGACCACCUCAAGGAACUAGCAGGCCCUCUAGAUAAGAGUGUCAUCGAGGGAAACGACUGCACGUUUGUCAGCGACUUCACAAAAAUACGACUGCAAGACAACACAGAGACAUUAGAGCAACUGCUGCAGGAGUUCUUUGAGUUCUACGGAACCUUCGCAUUCAACUGCAUGUCAAUCAAUAUCAGAAAGGGCAGGGAGCAAAACAAACCCGAGGUGUCCCCAUUGCACAUCCAGAACCCCUUUGAGCCCGCGCUGAACGUCAGUAAAAAUGUUAACGGAACGCAGCUGGAGCGCUUCGUGGCGCUGUGUCGGGAGAGCGCCUGGAUGCUGCAACAGCGGGAGUUCAACGUACCGCACAGAGGCAGCGGUACCGGAAACAACGCCCCCUGGGGCCUGGCAGCGCUCCUCAUGCCCUCGGUCUCCCAGGUGGCCGGGGUUAAAAGUCGUAAGAAGAGGAAGAGGGAGCCGGCCAGCGAGAGGAUAAAGGGCCUGCUGGAGUCUCUAAAGAACAGGGAGGUGAAGAGCUAGAGAGCGGCCAUGCAGUACAGCCCCACUAGAGGUCACUGGUGAGUUCUGGGUCUAUGGGUAACAGUGGCUAUGUACCCUAUCAUGGCCGUAAAGAAUGGACAUGUGAGGACUUGUCCAAUUUGCUUUUCACACAACUGCAAAUAACCGAUCAGAGCCAAACCAAGCUGUACUGAUAUGGCUUGCGCCAUGGUUGCUGCAACCUACCUGAAAAGGACAAUGUGACAACAGUUUGGUUUUGUUCAGCACGGUAGUGUGAAAAGGGUACCUGUGACCAGAUGCUCGUUAUAAGAAAGUCCGACUACUCUACAUGGCGACGUUUGCACAUCGAUGUACAUAAAGAUAUGAUCGAUGUAAAGAUCGAUGUAUAUAAAGUUAUAGCGUCCGCUGACACCGUUUUCUUUGUAUACAUUUAGAUCAGAUGUUUUUUAUUAAAGAUCCUAAACAGUAAUUCUGAAAAGUCAUUCUCUCACGGCUAACUACCAGGAAGUUUGAAAAGGCAGGCUGAGUGGGCGGGGAGCUUAUAUUCAUGAGCUCGCCUUGACUGACAGCUCUUUGAAACGCCUAUGUCAAGCAACUUGGAUGCUGUGAGCAGUGUUGCAGUGAAAUUAUCUCAAUCAAAUUUGGUGACACAAAGCAACUCAAACAACAUUGAAAUUGCAUCAAUUAGGCCUCCUGAGUGGCGCAGUGGUCUAAGGCACUGCAUCGCAGUGCUAGCUGUGCCACUAGAGAUUCUGGGUUCGAGUCCAGGCUCUGUCGCAGCCGGCCGCGACCGGGAGACCCAUGGGGCGGCGCACAAUUGGCCCAGCGUCGUCCGUUUUGCAUCAUCUACAUAAUAAAAAAUAUCUGCCAUUUUGGCAUGUCUCUUAUGAUGUGGUUCACAGCAACACUGAUGGCUGUGUUCACUUGGCGAGCCCUAGCUAGCCAGUAACUAGCUAACACCAGACACAGAUGAAAGGGGAAACGUAUAAGUAUCUUUGCCAUAGAUGAAUAAGGUAAAAUCUCAAUAAGAUCCUACAGUCAAAUUUUGGCACCAGUAGAGUAGCUGUCGAGCCUCUCUGCAAACACGCCUUCUCUGUUGUUGGUGGUACUUAUUUAAAUUAGAUAAGAGAAUAUCAUGUUACCAUUGUUGUAUUAAAAUUUGUUAAAUUGAUGUCCCCUUAAUAAUAAAUCUUAAGUGUUUGACAUGGGGAGGGGACCAGUAACUUUAUGAUCCGACUUUAUCAAUGUAGAAGAAAGUCAUUUUUCAUACUUUGAUCUGGUUUCCUUCAAAUAUCAUCACAUUUCAUGAAAAACAUCAUUUUGACUGUUCAUGACCUUGAAAUCAGUGUCACAAAAUGGACUAAGACUUUUUAAUGACAAAAUAAAAACAGUUGUGGUCAAGUUUA